AUGUUAUCAUCACCAUUACAAACAUCUUCAUCAACAACAACGAUUGAUGAUCGAACUUUAAAAGCUUAUCUAAGUCAUAAUACAAACUGGAAUUUAGAAGAAAACGGACAUGUCGAUCAUUUUAAUUUAUCAUCAAGUGGCCAUGGUGAAAAAUUUCUUAAUAGUAGCGUUCAUUUUCCAGCUGAAAUGAGAUCGGCAAAUCUUAAUCAAAUGGUAUCCAGUAUUGUUGAUGAAAAUAGUGAAUAUCGUGAUCAUGAUAUGAUGGCAGCAUUUUUUCAACAUCAAACAGGAUGGAUCAAUGGUGAACAAUCGGAGCAACCGAUACACUAUGUGCAACAUAUGAAAAACAUUUCGUCACAACAAAUGAGACAUAAUUCAUCAUCAUUUUCUGAAAGUGGUCAUCCACGAAAUAUUCCUGAUUUAUCUUCUAUGCAUUAUAACCCACCGAAAGAUAUUCAAGUUCUUGUUCGUAAAGGUGAUCAUACCGGUAUCAAUUCUCUUAUAAGAAAUGUGUCGCUACAACAAUUUCGUCAGAUGAUUGGUUUGCAACGUAGUGCAGGUUUAACAGCAAUGAAUGAUCGAAAAAAUCGUAACAAUAAUAAUCUCAAUCAACAAACAUCAUCAUCUUCAUCUUCAUCAGCAAGUUCAUCAUCAUCAUUGCCACCAUCAAACAUUCGUCUUAUCAAUGCAUUCAAACAAAAAGAAAAUAAAAAAUUAAAUCACCAAUGGUCACAAGAUACAAAUUCAAAUAAGCUUAUUUUACAGCAACAACAACAGCAAAUGUACACUCGACAGCAUUCAUCGAUGCCAUCUUAUGAUACAAUGUCAGCCAUUAAUGAUGGUAAUUUAACAACAUGUCAAGAAAUUAGUUAUUUUCGUUCCAACAGACGAACAGGCGUUGCAAAUACAUUACAUAUUGCUAUUGAAAAAUGUUAUGAACAACUCAACUAUAUUCGUGAUAGCUAUGCAGAAACUGAAUCAAAACUCGGUAUUCAAAUGUUACAUAAAUCAGCAUCGUCAUCAAUACUUGAUGUAACAAAUACAAACUUUUUAAGUCUUUCAAAUAACCCAUCACGUGUUGAUCGUUUAAUUGUUGAAUAUCUUUAUGAAUAUAGUCGAAUAAUACGUUUGCAUGAACGAAUUCGAGAAUGUUUAAGCAUUCAAGAUAUUGAAGCAACAGGAGAAACACUUGAUGAAUGGCUCAAUACAAUUAAUAUUGUUCAAGACCGACGUCGACAAGAAAUUGAGAAUGCAACUGAAAAAUGUCGUUCCGGUGAACCACGUUUGCCUGAUGAAAAAGAUGUUUUACAAUUAGCCGACGCCUUACGUAUUUUACGUAUAACAACACGAAAAAUUCGAACUGUACUUUGGUAUUGGUUAUAUUGGUCGACAAAUUCAACAACAAAUAAAAAUCCAUUGAUUGCUCGUCAUCAAAACGAAGUCAAACAAUAUCCUGUAUACGAUGGAAUUUAUACAACAAUAAAUGAUGAAAAAAGUGAAAAUCUAUUUUAUAACGAAUUAUUUGAUAUUACUGAACCGAAUGAACAGCAAAUCUUGGUAUUUAAGAAACAGUCAUUGCCAUCAAAUGAAAAUAAUAAAGAGAAUCAAUUUAACGAAUGA